AUGAUCCUCCUCACGGCACUCCUGUGCCUCCUAACCCUCACCCUCACCACAGCCCUAACCACCACCACCACCACCACCACCACCACCAACAAAACAACCCCCUUCUCCCUCCCCUCAACAUGGGGCAACCUCUCCCCCUACACCCCGAGCCCCGGCUUCGGCAUCCCCCCAGGCACACCCAAACAAUGCCAACUGACACAAGCACACAUCCUGCACCGACACGCACAGCGCUACCCAACCUCCUACCUCCUCGACGCCGACAGCAUGGAAUCCUUCGCCCAGAAGCUGCAGAACUACACACAAGCACACCCAAACAGCACCCUCGCCACGGGCCCUCUGUCUUUCCUCAAUAAAUGGCGCUAUCUCAUGGGCACAGAAGCCCUUCUCCCCACUGGCGCCGCAACGGAAGCUACCUCCGGUGCGUUCCACUGGUCUCGCUACGGACGGGUGUUGUAUGAUGCCCCGGCUGGUAUGGCGGAUUGGAGUAAUGAGUUGAAUGUCUGGCCGAAUGGCACGAGGAGGGAUAAGCCCAUGUUCAGGACGACGAGUCAGGCGAGGAUUUUGGAGAGUGCGAGGUGGUGGUUGAGCGGCUUCUUCAGCAACAUCGCGGCCAACAGCUCCGCUGAUAACUACGACCUGGUUAUUAUCCCAGAGGGAGAUGGAUAUAACAAUACCCUGUCAGGGAGUUGUCCGAACGGGGAUACUGAAGAGGGCGACGACUCCGCCGAACAAUUCCUCCGCACCUACACCCCCCCAAUCAUAUACCGCCUAACCCCCCACCUCCCCAGCACCCUAAAUCUCACCGCGCUCGACAUCCUCAGCAUGCAAAACCUCUGCGCAUACGAAACCGCCGUGCUCGGCUCCUCCUCCUUCUGUUCCCUCUUCACGCCCUCCGAAUGGGAAAGCUUCGCAUACAUCCUCGAUCUACAAUUCUACGGGGACUACGGAUUCGGCUCACCCUCCGGUAGGGCACAGGGUAUUGGAUACGUGAUUGAGCUUGCGGCUCGCUUACAGGGGAAACUUAUAACGGAGCAGGUUGCCAACGUUAACAUUACUUAUGAUUCUAAUGCGGAGACAUUCCCAUUAAAUCAGCCGCUGUAUCUUGAUAUGUCGCAUGAUGAUGUGAUUGUUUCUGUUUUAGCUGCGCUGGGAGUGGAGUAUUUUAAUAUUGGGGAGGAUGGGAUGAAGGGGGAUAUUGGGGUUGGGGAGAUUCCGCUGAACCGCACGUUCAGGUUGAAUCAUAUUGCGCCGUUCGGGGCGAGGUUUGUUACUGAGGUGUGGAGGUGUGAGGCUUCUUCUGCUGAGGAGAUUGUGGUGGAUGGGGGUGGGGAGGUGGUUUAUGAGAAUGAUGUUGUGAAGGAAGGUCAGGGGAGGGAGUUUGUGAGGUGGGUGUUGAAUGAGAUGCCGGUUCCUGUUGGUGGAGUGUCUGGAUGUGAACAGGAUGCAGCAGCGGGUGGGAAUGGGUUUUGUGCUCUGGAGGGGUUCUUGAAUGGGGUGGGCAAGAUGCAGGAGUUGGCGGCGUUUGAGGAGGCGUGUAUUCAGGGGGCGGGGAGUGGUGGGGGGCAGGUUGGGGAUGGGAGGCCUUAG